CAAAAAAUUAUGAGAUUGGAACAAAAAAACUCCCAAAGGUUGGAACUUGGAAGUGGGUCUAAAACGAGCACGGAUCCUCUCCAGUAACUGGAUGCUUCCAGUUGGAGAGAGACAGAGAGGAGCGAAAUUAUGGUGAGGUAUGUUGGUGAGUAAGAUAGAAAAAAAGGUAGAGAUAAAUAGGAAAAAAAAAGAAAUGGAUAGGAGAUGGAGAAAAAAAAAUGGAGAGGAGCUGAACUAGUAGAAAACUACCCAUCCAUACCGUUUCCUCACUACAACUAGCAUCCACUCCGUUAGUUUACGCCUUAACGGAGGGGAGAAAAAAUUUGGCUUGAACCCCAGGUUGAAAGAAACGAAGAACACAAGGAGGCUACUUCAAUUACUCAGCCAGAGCAACGAAUUGGAGGGGACCUUGAUUCUACAGAGUGGUCAGAAAUUUUCCUUCCAAAUUUAGGCGCCACAGAGUGGCCAGAAAAUUUUCACCAUUGUUGAGACCAGCAAGUGAGAUAACUGGAUUUGGGUUAUUUGUUGAUAUUCUUUAUGGAAGACAAACUCUUAAUCCUAGUAUGCAAAGUGAAACUGUGAUAUCAGUGGGUUCUUCUGUACAACAGGAAACGAUUUUUUAUGAUGAUCUCAAGGGUUCCGAUCCUUGAUGAAGAAGCUACAAAGAAGAAAAAUGCCAAAUGGUCAAAGUGGCUGACGGAAUCUGUUAGUUUGUAGUGAGGAAACGUUAAAGAAGGGUAGUUUUAGACCCACUUUCAAGUUUAGGAGUAUUUGUUCCAAAAAAAAUAGAAUAGGGGUAUAUAUGUUCUCACACAAAUAGUAUAGGGGUAUAUUUGUGCCCUUUUCCCUUUCUCCAAACAUCAAAGAAAAUGCACUCAGCAACGGCCUUCUCCUUGCUCUCCUUCAUUCGGAAGCAGGAGUGCAACCGCCCAGCUAUCCAACAACUGCAUUCUCAUUUAAUUUUUGCGUCCGCUUGCGUUGUUUCUACCUCCACUCCGAUCAUCUUCACUCUCUGGAACUCUAUUCUCCGGCACUAUUCCCUCGGACCCUUCCCACAAGAAGCUUUGUUCCUAUUCAAGCACUUACAACACAAUCUGCCACAUGGGUUCUUUUUUGACAGCUUCUCUUAUUCUUUUCUCGUUAAAGCUGCCUCUAAUCUAUCCCGACCAUGUAUCGGGAAACAAGUGCACUGCCUCACCUUUAAAUCCGGAUUUCAGGCUCAUGUUUAUGUGCAAACCGCCUUGGUGGAUAUGUAUGCUAGCUGUCGAUGUCUGGUGGAAUCACAUAAUGUGUUUGAAGAAAUGCCUGUGAGGAACAGUGUGACCUGGAAUGCCUUUAUGACUGGGCUGAGCAAGUGGGGUGAGCUUAGGUUAGCCCGGGCUGUUUUUAAUAGGAUGCCGGAGAAGAAUCUGGUUACUUGGACGGGUAUGAUUGAUGGGUACACACGAACAGGUAAGUUUAUUGAAGCGUUGUUGUUGUUCCGCGAAAUGGUUGUGUCUGAGGGGAUUAAACCAAGCGAAGUGACUCUUUUAACAAUUUUCCCUGCUAUUUGGAAUGUUGGGUAUCUUGAAUCUUGCCAAAUGCUUCAUGCUUAUGGGGAGAAAAGUGGGAUCAACUCUUUUGAUAUCCGCGUUAUGAAUUCACUUGUAGAUGCAUAUUCCAAGUGUGGGAGCAUACAGUGUGCCUCAAAAGUUUUUGAUGACAUAGCAGAUGAUAGUAGGAAUCUAGUGUCAUGGACAUCAAUUAUAUCAGGAUAUGCGAUGUCUGGCAUGGCCAAAGAAGCUUCAGAUUGUUUUAUAAUGAUGCAGAGUGCACAUAUACAACCAAAUCAGGUUACACUUUUGAGUGUUCUACAUGCCUGUAGUCAUGGUGGUUUGGUGGAUGUAGGAGUUGAAUUUUUCAGAAAGAUGGUAAAUGACUUUGGUCUUCAACCCAAUAUUAAACAUUAUGGAAGCUUGAUAGACAUGCUGGGGAGAGCAGGGAGAUUAGAAGAAGCUGAAAGGGUAGCUUUAGAGGUACCCAAUGGGAUCUCUAAUGCUGUGAUGUGGAGAACACUUUUGGGCGCUUGUAGUUUUUAUGGAAAUGCUGAAUUAGGGCAGAGAGUUAUGCUAAAGGUUUUGGAGUUGGAAAAAACAUAUGGUGGUGAUUAUGUACUGCUCUCUAAUAUUUUUUCCAACAGUGGUAGGUAUAUAGAUUCUGAGGGGGUGAGGAGAUUAAUGAAUGAAGAAAAUGCCCAGAAGGUUCCUGGCCUUAGUUUUGGCUAACAAGAAACAAAUGGUCUUGAGGGGGGAGGGGGUUCGCUGGGCCAACAUCAUGUGAGGAAUGGGUGAAGAACCAGCCCAGAGCCAGUUGUGCGCUGGAUGACCUUAACGCGUGCAAAAAUGGAAGGGAGAAUGAAUGAAAUUGAGCGGAUUCAACGAGAAAUGGCUGCAACCAUGGAGGCGAACAGGGUGACGAUGGAAGCCAAUUUCUGAAGGGACUGAAGAGAGAUAUUAGAGCUGAAUUGAAAUUAUACAGUACCAGAACUCUAGCUAAGGUCAUGGAUGUAGCCUUGUUGAUUGAGAAUAAAAACAAUGAAGUCAUGAUAAAGAAGAACAAAGAAGAAGGCAAGAAGAGGUGGAAUGGGAAAACUGGAUCUGAGAAUCAACAGCAGAAUUGGGGACAUAGUAAUAAGUGGAGGAGCAACCCUAAUGCUACCCCAGGUUAUGGGAAUAUCAUACAGGAGAGUAAACCACCUGACAAUGCGAUAACUCAGAAUGUUAAGCACAAUGGCCCCAGAUUAUCACAAAGUGAAUUAUUAGAAAGAAGCAGGAAAGGCUUGUGUUUCAAGUGUGGGGAAGAUUGGAGUAAAGGACAUGUAUGCAAGAUGAAGAAUUAUAGAAUGAUGUUAGUGGAACAAUCUGAGGAGGAGUCUGAAUCAGAAGCUGAAUCACUGGAGCAUGGAGAUGAUAAAACUAUACCUCUGGAAUUGAAGACUAUGCAGUUAUCUAUGUUAAGCAAAGAGGGAAUACCUUCUCUGAAAACAUUUAAGGUAAAAGGGAAAAUGAAGUGGCCUGAUGGGGAACAAACAGUUAAUGUACUUAUUGAUAGUGGUGCAUCGCACAAUUUUAUCUCACAAGAAUUGGUGGAAAAAGGAAAGAUACCUUAUACUGCAAUGCUGGGAUACAAAGUGCAAAUUGGCAAUGGGGAGUGUAUACCCAACUGUGGUAAGUGUGCAGGAGUGGGCCUGAAUGUGCAAGGUGUUGAGAUUCAGCAGACCUAUUACUUAAUAGAGUUGGGAGGCACUGAUGUAGUUCUUGGUAUGGAGUGGUUGGCUGCAAUUGGAGAUAUGGAAGCGAAUUUCAAAGAUCUGAUCAUUAAGUGGAAGCAACAGGGGGAUACCUGCACCAUUAAAGGAGACUCAGCAUUGAAUCAAAUGGAGGUGUCUUUAAAAACUGUGGUGCACAUCUCAAAGCAAACAGGAGAUGGGUUUUUGCUGUGUAAUGAAGGUCAAAUGAGUAUGCUGAAGCAGGGUCAAAGUACAGGAGGAGAGUGGGCCAGUGUGAUAGCUGAAUUUCCAGAAGUGUUUACUUCUCAAUUAAAAUUCCCUCCAGGAAGAGAUUGUGAUCAUGCCAUAAACAUCAAGGAAGGGGCAAGAAUUUCUAACUGGAGGCCCUACGGGAGGACAUACAAUUAUUCUAAGGAAGACAUAAGAGAGCCUUUUUCAACAGGUGACUCAGGCCCUUGGUUAUUGAGCAGUGGAAAUGGCAAGAAUAACUAUGCAGAAACUGGUGAAAGAAAGAUGGUCUCCAACGAUGUAACUUCGGGGAGUUUUUGUCUCCAGCCUCUAUUCCGGUUUGCGGUGCAAGAAGUGAUAAUGAAGUUCCAGCAUGUUCUGAAGCUCAUGGUACCACUACUAGGGAAAUAUUGGGAAGGAAGAGGUGAAAGAUGGAAAUGGAAGUGGAAGAUGGCUGACUCCUCUUACCCACCUUGAGGACAAGGUGGUUGUUUAGGAGGGGAGUAUUGUUAGGAACAUAGAUAUUAAUACUAAUAAGUGGGUCUGUUAUAUUGGACCUAUUAUUAUAGAUAAUAAUAAGAGGGCUUGUACUAUAAAUAGAAAAAAGAGGGAAUGCAAUAGGGGAGGCUGUUAGAUGCUUGGGACUGGGACUGGGAAGGAUCGAGUAUAAUCUCUUUCCUUUGGGACUUGUGUACUGUUUACCUUGCUUGAAUAAAGUUGCAGAUUUGUUCUUGAGCUAAUUUCCCUGUAGAUUAGUUCGAAUUUUCUAUUGAUUUCUGUUCUGAACCUGCGCUUCCCUAUCACUGCCUUAGCUUACUGUUUGUUCAAUUAUUUGCAGUUAUAUUAGAGGAUCUUAUUUGCAGAGUAGCAAAAUGAGUGGCAAAUCAUAUCCUUCCAUUUUCCAUAUUGCUAUUCACAUUUUAUCUGUCUUCUUUUUGUUCAGGCAUGGGACUUCAUACUGCAGAAAUUGAUGCUACAGCCAAAGCUUAGACAGUUGUGCUAUUUGGGCUUGUAAGAACAAUGAAAUAUGAACUAAUUCUUGAUGUUUGUGGAAAUAAUAUCCCGUGUGUCAUUGUCAGGGCCUAACCACCAAUGCUCAAAAAGCAAACUUAGGACAUCCAUGCCAGCUCCGCCCAUAAUGUCAGGAGGUAAAUGAUCGAUCUAAAAGAAGAGCAGUGUGAUGUCCUUUCACAGUGUAGAACACUAGAACCUGGGUGGGAAGCAUUGCACGCACUUAUGGAUGCCUUGGAAACAUCUCUACUUUUAACGUUAGAGGUAAAGUCUACAGGCAUCUCAUCUCCCCACACCCCACUUAACUGGUGUAUCACUGGUUGGUUUAUUAUGUGGAACUGUGGAAAAGAUUUCAAUUAGUACCACUCCAUGGAUGAUUACUCUUUUUAUAACUAAAAAAUAAAUGUGCAUAUUUUUUAGUGCAUGUAUCAAAAUGAACUAUAGAAUGUUCAUAAUCAUUUGAUCUUGAAUAGUUGAAUCAAACGGUUGAAGAUUUAUUCUCUAUGGAUGAGUAUCUCCCUUUUGUGUACCCAGUAAGUAUUUGAAACCAUACCUAUACACACAUUGUGUGUAAUGCUCCACACAUAUAGUUUUAACCCAUUUUGCGAUGGACACCCAUUUCCUAUCUUACGCAAUGCAGGUUACAAGCUCCCUCCUGAAUGCGCUCUUCUCCCAAUAGCUUCAAGGUUAUGAGUUUAACGUUUCUAAAGGUUUGUGAAAAGAGUGGGCUUAUAAGAUCGAGUUCAAGGCCGAGGUCAUUCAUAUGAAGGGAGGAAGAUCUUAGUUUUUUUUAUGUAUGACAGAAGAUAGUUUCAAAAUAAAAGCUGUAGCAAGAAACACCCAAAUUAGGAGACCCAACUAAAAAAGGAAACAUAUUGUAGCAAGACUAAUAGCCUUAGGAAUUAAAAGAUGUUCUAAACCAGAAUAGGUAAAUAACCAUAAUUAUAGAAAUGACAUUCUUGCUGUCCAAUCUAACCAAUUUGGGUUCCUCCCUUGUCCCACCUGGGGCUCAGCACUGCAUGGCGCUGAUAAGACUGUCCACAAAAUGAAUCACAUAAGUUUGUUUGAAAAAUAUAAAAAAUCUUGUAGUUUUUUAUUUCAUUUCUUCAUUACCACCCUUUGUUCCUUUUUGAGGAGUUUAUUUCCAACUUGAUAAAUGCCAAAAAAGAAAUGAAUUGCUUAAAUGUAUGAUGAGAUGAAAAUGACUCUCUUCUCUUGUUUCUUUUCCUAUAUUCUUUUUCUUUUUUGUUAAAGUAGCUG